AUGGUUGAGACAACGAUUGUUGCAGUGGUUUGCGCGAUUGGGUUACCCACUGUGAUCAGCGCGUUGAUUCUGGGAAUCUUGUGGCGUAGAGCGCAACUGAGAUUGAGGAAAGAGGACGAGGAUGGGAUCGGUGGAUUUAUUCAACGCGACAGUGAAAUACUUUGCACGGGAGACUAUAAGUACUUGAAGAAUGAAAUAGAGUUGAAGGAACGGAUGGAUUAUAAUGGGAAGCUUAAAGACUUCGGAUUUGGCUCAGAGAAACUGAGAUCAAGUACGUCAGGGGGCUCAACAUCUAACGAGGAGCUGCGGGGGACACCGGAUUCUGCGGGUUAUCACAUGAAAUCUGCAAGUGCCUCAGUGGGAAGAGGAACUAGUAAGUAUUUCAUCCCUGCAUACAGGCGGAGGUUUAACAACUCGAUGUCUAACCAGCAUAUCAAUAGAGCUGAAGACGAUAGCCUUGCUGGUAGCUCAAUUUUAUCUUUCGAUGCUCACAAAACUUCGAGUCUCAUGGAGCAAAUGGUUCCUAUUAUCACUGCUGAUAAUAGCGGGAUGUUUGGUGCUUCAGAUAUGAUGUGUUCCGAUAGAGCUAGCCGUACUAGCAAUGAAACUUUAAUCAAGUCAUUACAGACGCACGAUUUUGGUUCAUAUCCGAAGCACAAACAAUCCGUACCGCAGCUAAAAUGCACCUUUCCUUUUACUACCACUCCUUCUCCGCUGAUGUCUGGUGCUCCAUCAACGUCGUCUUUGAACAAAUUAUUGAGAGCGGACUCUUCUAACGAAGACUGCAAUCAUAGUGUUGACAGAAAUGAUACUUAUAUUCUGAAUAGCAAUUAUCAGAUGACCAACAACAGCGAAAUAAUGGAGGAAGAUCAGUAUGAAAAUGAGUUCACGAACUAUUCCAGGAGCAAGCGUGAGUUUAUUGAUAUGUUACGGCCUAAAGUACAAAGUUAG